GGGACAACUAAUAUAAACAUAGAUGUAAAUGAGGAUGGAAAUGAAAUGACAUGGAAUGAAAGCUUGAAAUUUUUGGACGUGUUUCCUCCUCUCGCACAAAGAUUUAAAAUUCAAAUUUGCUACAGUGGAGGUGUGUGGGCCUCUUUCACCAUUGAACUUAAUCAUAUUUCGAAGAAUGAAGCUGAAGGAUUUUUGCCAACAUUUGGACCAGCUUUCACUUACCUUUACGGUCCAAUAAAUAACAAACCAAUUUCCUCUAAGAGAGGGCAGCAAAGCCCACACGUUGACUACAGAGGAAAAUUGCUAUGGGCUUUAGAAACACAGCUGGAAGACACAGAUGUUAAUAAAAUUGAAACAACUCGCACCGUAAUUCGCGAAACCGCGCUGUCUCUCCAGGAUGAAUAUUGGAAUAAUGUCAGUAUAUUACUUAUGGAUGUAAUUUUUGGAGGAACCUUACGAAAUGAAAAUCUACACAAGAAACAAAUGACUGUUGAACUAUGUAUGGGUCCUAUAACGGGGAAAAAUGCAUCACAAUCGAUGAUCCACUCCGCUUCAGAAAGUGAUUUUCCUUCAAGUAGGAGUAAAUGGCGUAUUUCAACCGCACCGUUCUAUGGAAAAACUGAAUCGACAAAAAAGUCCUGUCGCAUUAUCCGAGCGAAUUUUCAAGGUUAUUGCCCGUGUUUAUAUAUCCAACACAAGUGGCCUGUAGUAUUUCAGCGCCUUUGGAAUAGAAACAUGUUGCUCUGGAUAGCCAACACAAUGAAAUGGGAAAUUUGGAAAAUGCAAGAAAUGAGCGUAUAUAGUGUGCAUCGUCUUCAAGAGAUCUUCCAGAAAUUCAUACAAAUGUGUGAGAAAUAUGCGUUACGGGUUGAUUACUGGCAAGAACGUGACGGUAAUGUUUUGACAAAAUUAGACAAAGAACAUAUUCGUUUUUGUGCAUCCCAAAUGGACUACUUUGCAAAAAUGGCGAGCAGUUGGUGCGAUAGUCUCACCAGAGAAUCUGUAAGGACUGGGUAUCAUCAACUGAGAAUGUACGUGCGAAGAUUAGAAUAUCUCACUGAAAACCCUCAAGAUACUCUGCCAGAUAUUAUUAUCUGGUUACGGAAAAAGGGAGUUCGUUAUGCCCUUACUCGAAUAUCAACUCGCCGAUUGUUAUAUUCAGAUAUUCAGGGAGAGAGAGGUGAUUUAUGUGGGCGAGUUGUUACAUUUUGCCUUCAGGUGCCAGGACGGACGUCGCAGGAUAAAAACUGCUGUGCGUCUUUUGAAAUGCUUCUGUGGCUGAGCUCCAAAGCGUCGCAUUCUCAGUGGAUAAAUAUGCUCCCUCCUGGAAGAGACGAAAUAUCAGUAGAAGAAGAAAAGAACUUUACAGAGGCAUCUGAGGAAAUUAAAGCUAUAAAAUACGAACGCCAUCUGUUCUUUGAAGUUCGGGCGUAUCUCUACCAAGCACGAAUUUUCGGAGGAGCGGAUGUGACUGGGCUGUGUGACCCGUUUCUGCGAAUUUCAAUUAGAGAUACAUGCAAAAUAUCUCAGGUAGGAAAUAAAAUAUAA